CGUAACUAAGGAUCCUACUUCGUUUCGUACCCAUGUGUAGGUUGUGUUGUGUCUGAGGCUUGAUGGCCAUGUGGAAGUACUAAACGUCCGUAUUAUAUUACAUAUUAGAAAUACAGUGACGGAAUGUCGAGGGAGAAGCAGGUGAUGGCCAAGCGGAGCGUGGCAGAGGUGUCCAGCGAGCAGGCGAAACCUUACAAGAAGAAGAAGAGAGAUUGUGUGACGGACGAAGCGAAGUCUUUGCACGGUCUCUCCAUCAAUCCGCGUUACAUGAAAGAAGACCUGAUCGAGUAUUUGAGGCGUGAGUUUAGCUCAGCCAGUGCUGCUGCAUCGCCGACAGUCCGAACCUGCUGCACCAGUGCCAACGAUACCCCGAUCGCCACCACCACCACCAACAACAACAGCAACACCGUGACCACCACCUCUAACAACAACAACUACAGAUCCGCUGAACAUUCCAGUCCUUCAUGUGAAAAGCUGAUUGAUCCCAGUCCGUUUGUGCACUGUGUGUUGCCAGAGUUCAUCACAGAGGAUCAUUGCUUGGACAGAUUACAGGGAGAACUCCAAGAGGUCACUUUCAAUGAGAAAAACAAUGACUUAUACAACUUCCACCAGAGUUAUGACCUGGCACAGCAUACCAGCCCCCAAAUCACUGCUUUCAGGAAGUUAUUUUACACAGAUGUCUUAGAAUGGAUGAAGAAAGUGACCAACGUAGAAUUAACCAAUGCUGUGGAUCUUUUCUGUUCCAUCUACGAAUACACAGAUGUCUUGCUGUGCCAUGACGAUGAACUGGAAGGACGACGGAUUGCCUUCAUCCUCUACCUCGUGCCUCCCUGGGGCCCCACUGAUGGUGGCACAUUGGACUUGUUCACAACAAAUGAGGUUUGUCAACCGACCAAAGUUGUCAAGUCUGUCCUCCCUGCCUGGAACCAGUUCACCUUCUUUGAAGUGUCUCCACAGUCUUUCCACCAGGUGUCUGAGGUUCUGUCAAAAGAAAAGACUCGCCUUUCAGUGUCCGGAUGGUUCCAUGGACCCAGCCUACCCCGGAACCCUGAAGCGGGGCAGUCCAGUAAGCUCCCCUUGUGUCCAUCUCUUGAGUCAGAGACAGAUCUGUUGUUUGAGUGGGUGAACCCUUCCUACCUUGAUCUCGAAGUCCAGUCAGAGAUUAGAGAGAAAUUUGAACUCGAGUCUGAAAUACAACUCCAGGAUUUCCUUAAGCCAGAGAAAUAUUCCGCGGUGAACAACGCCUUCCUACAGAGCCAGAUUGAGUGGGUCCAUCGAGGCCCUGCGAACCAAAGGAACUACCACGUGGCUGCUAACCCUGGAACAUUCCCCAAGAUUAUCGCUGACUGUCUCCGGCUCCUUCAGUCGGAAAUCCUGUUUCUCUUCCUCUCGAACCUGACUGGUCUGAAGCUCCACAAGGACGCUCCUGUCAGUGAUGACGAUGACGAAGACAACGUCAGUGGCGGCGACGAUGACGGUCGUCAUAGCCCUGAAGGUAGAAACGGUAAAAACAACAACAACAAUAACACAAAUGUCCAGACCGACCCACAGAACAGCAGAGUCUCUGCUGAGAACAGGAAAAACCUCGGAAAGUCCCAGAAAGAUGGCUGUUCCAGUCGGAGCAGUCCAGAAGCUGUCUCAGUUGGCCUCAAUGAUUGCCCCACCACCACCGCCUCUUCACCGACCUCCUCCUCCUCCGGACCAGCUGAACAGCAGCCAACUAAGGUGACCAAUACAAAGACGAGUAAGUGCAGUCUUCCAGCGGUCGCAGGUGGCGCUAGUGAAACGGUCAAAGCUCAGCCAGAGAAAGUCACCCCUGAUAGCAGUGAAGCCAGCUGUAGCCAUGAAGUCCGUAUGUGGUCCCAUGGAUCUUACACACUCCUGCGAGACACAGAGGCAAAGUCGGCUGAUUAUGCAUUAGAUACAUUCUUGUUCUUUGGAUGUGAAGGUUGGCAACCAGACUAUGGCGGAUAUAUAUCAUAUAUAGUGAAUGGUGAAGAUGAAGAGCUGCUCACCAUCAGCCCAGCCCACAAUUCUCUGGCCCUCGUCUAUCGAGACUCUGAAACACUUCGCUUUGUUAAACAUAUCAAUCAUCGAAUCACAUCCAUGCCAAACCACAAGUUCUUUGAUAUUUCUUUCAUAUAUUAUGAAUAAUAAUGAAUAAUAACAAUAAUAAUAAUAAAAGACAUUUCUUUA